GCCUCCGGGUCACUGGGCUUCGUGUUUAAUUCUCUGGCGCAAGAGGGUGUCAACAUUGUGGAGUCCUUCUUGGUCUUGGCUGGACUCAGCUUGCUGUCUGGCUUGGUUUUCCUACUGAGCUGCCCGACAAAGCUUCAGACUCUGACGCAAGCUGGCCGCGUUCUCAACACUCAUCCCUCAAGUUUGGAUGUUUACUCCAUUGUGGGCUGGAAGGCGAUAAAGCAUUCAGUCAAAGAAGCGUGUGGCGUCUACAACCUCUAUCCACGGCAGAACACCUGUAUGCUGCUUUAUAUCGGCUUUUUCAUGGCCGGAGAGCUCACUUGCAUCAGUGGGCUGGAGGCUCGAUAUCGUGCUCUGUUCCAGCCAGCAGAAGCAGACAGCCUGCUCGCCGCCUAUGCCACCUUCAUGGCCGUUCUUGGAAUCGUCGUCAACCCGGCUGCAGGUUUACUCUUUGACUACUUCGGAUUUCUGAAUGUCUUUGCGUUUACCUCGUUCUUGGCUUUCCUCGUUCCUUUCACCUUGAUGGUGCCGAUAGUCUGGGUGCAACUACUCAGCCUGUUUCUUCUGGUCACGUGGUUCAGCCUAUUCUUGAACGUUGUCUCCAGAUACUCCGUGACCUUCGCUCCGCCAGAUUUCUUUGGAACAUUUACAGGUUUCUUGACCUCCCUGGCCGGGAUCAUUGCCUACUUCGUGGAUGCAGUUCUCCAGCUCCCGAGGCCGACGGGCGACGGCCUCAUCGCGACGGCAAGCUGCGCCAUGCUGAUAGGGUGGGCUUUCAGUGUGUAUUUGGCUGUCCUCAUGCAUCGGGAAGAUGGCUUGCCGCGAAAGCCGCCAAAGAACCACUUCGGCUAG